UUGAAAAUCAUUAAACUUGCAGCCAUCAAAAUAAAUAAUAAUGAAGUCGAUUUACGCCAUGUUAUUCGUGUUCAUCGCGUGCUUGUCAAUCACUAAUCCAGGUCGAGUUGAAGCCGCCAUCGGAGUGAACUACGGUCUCCUGGGAGACAAUCUCCCAACUCCGGCAGACGGCGUAAAACUACUUACUUCUAGAAACAUCACGAAAGUCCGUCUCUUCUCACCAAACCAGAAUAUUCUAAACGCACUAAAAGAUUCCGGAAUCUCCGCCAUAGUCGGAACCCUAAAUGAAGAUCUUCAAACCCUAGCGUCCGACGUGGCCACAGCAAAAAGAUGGGUACAAACCAAUAUACUGCCCUUCUCUUCAUCGGUAAACAUCACGUGCAUAUCGGCCGGAAACGAGGUUAUUCCGGGAGAUCUAGCAACCUACGUACCCGCCGCCAUGCAGAACCUCGACGCCGCCUUAACCGCCGCCAAGUUGUCCAUUCCGGUGAGCACCGCUAUCUCCAUGGGGGUUCUCUCCCAGUCGGACCCACCAUCGAACGGACUCUUCUCGCCGGAAUCUUCGCCGGUGCUGACGCAAGUAGCGAAGUUCCUACAGUCAAAGCGCAGUCCUCUGCUGGUCAACAUCUACCCGUACUUCCCGCGCAACUCUUUUCCCGCCAACGUUCCUCUGGAUUUCGCGCUGUUUCAGGACACGGCGAAACCCAACCCCGACGGCGCGUUGCUCUACACGAACCUGUUCGACGCCAUGGUGGACGCGGUGCACGCAGCGCUGGAGAAGGCUGGUGGGCCCGACGUGGAGAUUGUUGCGGCCGAGACCGGGUGGCCCACUGCGGAAGGAGGCCCGGACGCGAGUGUGGCGAACGCGGCGAUUUACAACAAUAAUUUGAUUAGACACGUGUCGUCCGGUGCUGGAACGCCACGUAGGCCGAGGAAGGACGUGGAUGCUUACAUAUUUGCGCUGUUCAACGAAAAUCUCAAGUCAGCCGGCGUUGAGCAACACUGGGGCCUUUUUUAUCCCAAUAUGACUGAAGUUUACCACGUGGAUUUCUAG